AUGUUAUUACAAGCGCUUACGGCGUCACAGAAACCAGACCUGAAGAAAGACCUGGAUGGCCUAGCUUCCAAGGGGCACCUGAAGAACUAUCUCCAAAGAAGCACCCACAGCACGGGAAAAAACCAGUACAAGAAAAACAAGUCACCUGUCUCAGCCACAGAAGGAAAUCAUAGCGAAGGGGGAUUUGUAGCCGUCAUAUCAGGAGGACCAGCUGCUGGAGGAUCCACCAUGAGGGGACAUAAAGAUUAUGCCCACCGUCUAGGUCAAGUAAUGUUAUCAGGGAAGUCACCAGUGGAUCCAUUCCCUCGGAUAGAAAUAUGUGAAUCAGAUGGAGGACGUGUAGCCACUCCGCAUGACGACCCUCUUGUGGUCGAGAUCAAAAUCUCCAACAUGAGAGUAAAGCGCAUCCUGAUAGAUACAGGAAGUUCAUCUGAUAUAAUGAGCAUGAAGUGCCUAAGCCAUCUAGCUCACGACCCUUAG